GUUCCAUUCCUUCAAGGAACCGUGGUUAUAUUCAUAACCUUACGUUUUGCUAUUUCAGCUACCCCCCCCCCCUACAAAGGCAGAGAAAGCUGGUUCGCCUGGGCCAGCUUGGAGUCGCAACAUAACAUGGUGACGGAUAUCGGUACAACACCGGAAAUAGCUUCCCGUGUUGCUCGUCGGUUCUUGAACAUGACUUGAAGGUAUUCCUGGAAUGUUCCUCUGCCGGUGGGCGCCCGAGCUACCGCCGCCAUAUAUAUAUGCCCAUAUUGGGAAUGUAAGUACGGACGGUGUUCUCGGACCCGGCCGAUACAGGCUGACCUUUGGAUAAAACACCGAAGAAGUUGCGGUUCAGACGGGAACAUCUGUCAAGUCUUCGUUGACAGCUCGAAGGCGUGGCUGAGUGACGUUUCGUGUUUAUGUUAAACCGAACAGAAAGCCGUCCAGAUAGAGCUAGACCUCCAAGCCGACCGUGGACUUUAAAAGUGUGCUGCAGUGUCACCCCUGCCUGGGUGCCAUGGUCCUCUGUUACACAUGAGCUCUACUAUGUGGUACAUCAUGCAGAGCAUUCAAAGUAAGUACUCUUUGUCUGAGCGACUCAUCCGCACCAUCGCAGCCAUCCGAUCCUUUCCUCAUGACAAUGUGGAGGAUCUCAUUCGAAAGGGAGCAGACGUGAACCGGAUGCAUGGCACACUCAAACCACUUCACUGUGCGUGUAUGGUUGCUGAUCCUGACUGUGUGGAGCUGCUGCUUGAGAAAGGUGCAGAGGUCAAUGCUUUGGAUGGUUACAACCGCACUGCUCUGCAUUACGCCGCGGAGAAGGAUGAGAGCUGUGUGGAGCUGCUGCUGGAGUACGGGGCCCAGCCAAACGCCUUGGACGGCAACAAGGACACUCCGCUCCACUGGGCCGCCUUCAAAGACAACCCAGAGUGUGUGAGGGCCCUGCUGGAGAGCGGCGCCUGUCCCAACGCCCGGGACUACAACAACGACACCCCUCUGAGCUGGGCGGCGAUGAAGGGCAACCUGGAGAGUGUCAGAGUCCUGUUAGACUACGGUGCGCAGGUCCACGUGACUAACCUGAAAGGCCAGACCCCGAUAUCCCGACUGGUGGCCCUGCUGACCCGGGGCCUGGGCACCGAGCAGGAAGAGGAGUGCCUGGAGCUGCUGUGUCGGGCGGCGGGGCGGUUCGAGAUCCGACGGGCCGACGGCACCCUUCCCAAAGAGCUGAGCAAAGAYCCCCAGCUGCUGGCGAGGCUGACCGGCAUGGUGACUCAGGCGCCGGCGCUUCGCUCUCUGGCGCGCUGUGCCGUACGGCAGAGUCUCGGCGCGCAGUUCCUUCCCACYGCCGUGAAGGAGCUGCCUCUACCAGAGACCGUCAAAGACUAUCUACUGCUGAGAGACUGAUGACAACUGCAUCUAGGCGUUCUCAGUGCUCACCGGUAGUUAGACAGCUCAUCACACUGCAUUCAUAGGCAAGUUGAUACAGAUGUAAGCACUGAGAAAGACGUGUAAAAAGCCCCGUGUCUUUAUUGUUCCAUAGUUGCACAGGAACACCUGGAUGAGCAGUAAUUCAAGCGCAGGUCAUGAAGUCUCUUCCAGCACAACUCUGUGUCUUUUUUAAUGAAUCUUGGCAGCAAAGAGAAAAUUAAAGUAGUAUCUCACUGAACUGACACUAUUAGGAGGCUAGUUGGUGACUUCAAAUUUUGAGAAAAUAUGAGUUUUCCAUUUCGCUCCCUUUGAGUGUUUGCAACCAAGUGGCCAGUGAGCCGUUAAAAAGAGUCUCCAUGCACAUUAUUUUGUUGUCCACCUCUGCUUGUUUUCCACCCACGCACUGCCCCCGCAUUUAUAAUUCAAUCUACUGGAAUGCACACUUGAGAUUAGGAAAAGAUGAGCAUAUUUGGACCAUUCAUUCGAUUAUCAGUAGUGUGGAUUUUAGAUGCUGUCGUGCAGGUGUCAGAAUGCAGCCGGAGCUCUGGGGACAGGUCGGAGAAUUGAUGGUGCAAUUCAGACGGGUUUGAGACGCCCACAGUGACUUUAAGACUAUUUUGAGGAAGGAAGUAAAAUAAAAAGUUGCUGCACAAAUGAUAGUUUUGAACAUAUUCAAAAUUCAAACCACGCUGGCUUCCUCUGCAACUCACGUGAGGAAGUUAAGAACCCCGCGCAGCGCGGUGAGAUGCUAACUUUAUAAGUUGUGUCCAGUAACCAGGCUUUUAUAAAUUUGUCCCCUAAAGACCACCGUUAAUUUGAACGAAUUUUAGUAAGUUUAUUAUAAGGAGACUUAUUUUGUUUGCUAAAACCAGUUUGCGUUAAAUAAAAUGUAUUCUUUUGUGAAUAAUCAAAGAAAAAAAGAUGAAAUACAGAUGAAAUAAAUGAGAUCAUGAUGUGAGAUUAAACAUUAGGUUUAUAAGUGAAGGUUAAAGAUGACCCUCGCUGUAAUUCUUUCUGUGUGAGGGUGCCGUUCCUCUGUUCUGCAAAAAAAAAAAAAAAUUCUUAUAAUAGUAGCCAUUUGCCUCUCAGUCAUAUCUACAAAGAGGAAAAUAACUUUUUUUCAAAGCACAUAUUUGAGGAUAAUAAUUCAUGCCAGAUGGGAUCAUUUUAUUUAUUUAAAAGCAGCUGUAGCUUUCUAAACAAAAAACCGUAAUAAAUGUGCCAGAUAGUUUCCCUUGAAAAUGUUCAACACYAACAAACCGUGAUAUUCAAAUGUCUGUGUUCAUAGAUGAUUCAUUAUUUAUUUGGACUUCAUCUUACUGAAGAGUGCAGUUCUAGUUGCCACACAAUAUGGCUUUUUUGUUUGUUUGUUUUGAUAAUAGAGGUUUCAGRUUGUGACUUUAAAAAGUUUAGACUUUCAAUGGUGCUCACUUGUCACUUAGUUUUAAAUGUGUUUAAAUGUAACCAUGACAUGGCAUGAUAACGAAGUUGUGUCUAGGUUUGGAGAAAGCCGCAAACUGCGUGUUAGAGAUGCGUCACAUAUCUGAACUUUUCUGUGCUUCGUUUCAUUUGCCUGCCGAUGGAUGGGGGAAAAUAAACAAACCCUAAUAUCAUGUCUUGUGUGUGCCUGCAAAGGUGCUUUAUCUCUUUGUCUAUGUGAUGCAAGUAAAGGCUUUUAUAAUAAUUCA